UUCACUGCAGUUGAAGAAUUCGCACCUUAAGAUGAAGCUCUCCGUUCUUGUUCUGUUUGCAGUUAUUGCAUAUGCAAGUGCUGGUUUUCUCGGCCAUGGUGGACAUGGCUAUGGUUAUGGAGGAGGCCAUGGUUACGGAGGAGGUCAUGGAGGUGUUAUUAGUGUAAUUGGACAUGGAGGAGGUUUUGGACACGGAGGAGGUUUUGGUCACGGAGGAGGUUUUGGUCACGGAGGAGGUUUUGGACACGGAGGAGGUUUUGGGCAUGGAGGUGGCUUUGGAUAUGGUGGAGGUCAUGGAUACGGAGGAGGUUACGGUUACGGAGGAGGCCAUCAUCAUGUGGUACGAGUUGUCAAAGUGUAUGGAGGUCAUGGAGGUCAUGGAGGCUGGGGCUGGGGUAAAUAAAAACCGCAAAUGUUUGAGUGACGUAUACUACGUAGAAAC